GUGACUUUAGAUAAAGUAAGACUUUCUUGUUGUGAAUAAAAUAAUCAUUACACUUGAAGAAACAGAUAGUAAAGAUAGAAUCUUUUAAAUUAUAAAUUCCGGAAUUAGCGAAACACAUUUAUGUUGUUUGUAGUUUUACUGACUGGUUGUGACAUGCAAUGUACUGAGUCAAAUAGUGCUAUAUUUGGAUAUUAUGAACUAUACAAUUAUAGAUCGGUAUGUGAUUAUAAAACUUUCUCAGUUUUAUUUUUCGAUUAUUUAGACAAACCAAGUAAAAAUACAUUAACUUAUGGAUAUAAUUUUUAAUAUUGGAGAAAACAUAACUGUCGAUACAAAACAUUUGAUUUCUGAAAAGCAAAACGUUACAUUGAAUGAAUUCUGGGAGUACAGUUUUGCGGAACUUAUCAAGGCCAUCUACCCUCCAAUUCUUCUCAUAUUUGGACUUCCGGGUAAUUGCAUAUCUAUUCUUGUGCUUUUACAGUCAAACAACAAAAAAACAUCAACAAGUUUUCUUCUGAUUACUCUUUCGGGAACGGAUAGCCUUAUUCUUGUUUGUUCUGUUCUUCUGAAAUGGGUAGAGUAUGUGUAAAAUAUAAAAUUCGCUAUUUACUCUGAUGCAACUUGUAAACUGCAUACGUUUCUUACGUACCUGACACUUCAGCUGUCAGCGUGGAUUUUAGUUUUUGUAACUAUAGAGCGAUAUAUUUGUGUAAGUUGCCCAUUUGGCGUCCGAACGAUAGUUACAAAGAAACGAUUGGCCAUUGCUAUGACUGCACUUCUACUGUUCUUAUCACUUUUAAAUGGCCAUCUUUUGUACGGCCUUCAUGUUGAAUACAACAACAUCUUACAUGUUGACAUGUGUAGUGUAAACAUUGAUCACGAAUAUUUCAUGCUGAGAAUCUGGCCAUGGAUUGAUUUUUCCUUUGCAUUUGCAAUUCCAUUUUGUGUUUUCGUUAUAUGCAAUACGCUUAUAUUUGUUAAGUUGAAAUCAAAUGAAACAUUUCGUCGAAGAAGUUAUGAAAUAUCUGGGUAUCAAAAUAGUCCUGAAUAUGAAAGAAAGCGGAUAUCACGACAUUUUACAAUAACAGCUCUGAUCCUGAAUUUAACUUUCGUUGUUCUUGUAUCACCAUCUGUUAUUUUCGGGAUCGGACAGCCAUACUGGUUUCCUCUGGAACUUAGAACAGCACAAAAGGACGCAUAAUUAACUCUCAUUGGCGCUAUAGUGCAUAUGUUGAUGUAUACAAACAACGCAAUAAAUUUCGUAUUGUAUGUACUCUGUGGUGAAAAGUUUCGGCAAGAUGUUAUGACUUUGUGUAAAAAAUCGGCAUCUGAAUCAACUAGACUUUAGGAACGAAAGAAAAUGUUUUUAAAUAGUAUACCCAUUGUAACUUGACCACUGUUAAAUCCUUGUAUAAAAUUAUUUUUUUUAGAAUUGUUUUUGUUUCUGAACCUUAUCUAACAUAAAAAAAUAGAGAGAUCGGUAAAAACUUCGAAUAGGAGAUUGUCAGUUGAACAGGAAACAAAAUGACAGAAAAUGAAGUACAUUAAAUACGUUCUGUUCCUAUUUUAUUGUCACUGGAUAUUGUUAUGAUAACAGAGCCUUUAUACAUGUAUGUUAUAUUUAUAAUGGAACAAAACGACAUAUACCGGAUGUAACACUGACACAUGCUUAAAAAUAUGAAUAAUUAUUAUAUUAUUGUUUCGAUUCUAUUUUUAUAAGCCAAUCCCAUUUAAUGACGGUAGUAGAAGAUACUGUACUUGUGUUUCUUGUUAUGUUAAAGCGAGAUACUCAAUAACGUAUAUAAAAUAUUUGUCAGCGAGUUAUUGAAAUAUUAAUGUGAAAUAUACCUCGUAUUUUCAAACCUGUGAAAAAUAUCAAAUAUAUCAAGUUUAACUACACUUAAUAUUAAUUUUUUUUUUCACUGGUAAGAAACUAUGAAAUGUGUAAUCAAAACAUGAAAUAUCAAGAAAAAUUGUUAAAUUAUAAUCUGCCGUCCGAUGAAAAUAUAGUUCCUUGAUUUUUAUCUGAAAUAUUAUCAAAUUCAGUGAAAAAUCUUUCAGGCGUGUUGAUUCUUACUAUCGGAAAUACUAGUUUAAACUAUAAUUAAAUACAAUUUCCUUUUGAAAUUUUGGCAUCAUAUUUUGAAAGAGUUCUUCGAACGACGCCGUUUUGUUAUUGUUUUAUGUGAAUGGCGUCAGGUUGCGCGUGCAAUGUCGUAAAAAGGGCGGUCUCUGAUAUUAUUACACCGAUGUUGUUUAUACGAAAAUAAACGCUUUUUCUUUCCAUACAAAGUGUAUGGUGAAUGUAAAUUUAUAUAACUAAUGGGAACAAAAAUCAUAAACACUACUUCUAAAGUUACAUUGGUCAGUCUAAUAUGUCUGUAGACUUUAAUUGGUGAACUUGUUCGAUUUUAUUUAAAUUACUGUACCUAUAUUAUUCGACAGAGUUUAAAACAAUGAUGCCAGUGAAAUGUUUUAUCAUUAAAUAGAAUAAUUAUCUCUCGCCGAUUGAUUUAAAUUAUCAUUUAUUGCAUACAGCCUUCCAUUUAGGUAUCUUAAAAAAGCAACAACACAUUUUCUGGUAUCAUUGUUCCGACACAAAUCAAAAUCAAGCAAAACUCUGUUUUAGUUUAUCUGAAAAGAAUAUGAAGCGUCAAAAAGGAAUAGGCACAAGUUUAUAAUGUUUUUCUUUUUCAGCGGUAGUCGACAAAUUAAUUUCUACAAUAAGAUUCUUCCUGCCGUACAGUUUCUAAAACGUUUAGCUCCCCAACGAAUUUUAAGAUAAUUUUUUAACCAUACAAUGCAAUCUAGCAAAAGAAAUAGCCGAUUCAGUUUGACUGCGUCUGUCUUGAGAGAAAAAUGAAAUCCGCACCAUCUCAAAAGCUCGAGAAACUAAUAACAUGAUUCAAGAUACAGGGCAGCAUUAUACAGCCGCCAUAAAACACUUACAUAACUUUAAAUUUGUAGAGGUUAAUCAAAUCUAUAAGAAGGUCUUUGGAAAACAUGGGUCUGCUUAGCUGCCUACUAGGUACUGCUUGCCCGGCAAAUACAAAAGUUAUAUUGUCAGUGCUGUUACUUCCUUCUGUUUUCUUAAUGAAAACAUUUUAUCGGUAAAUCUUCUGUAUUUUCCCACAUUGCUUUACAGCAGCCAGAUGCUACUUGAUAAAAUGAGCAUUGUAACAUCAACAUUUCAAGAAGUAUGUGUAUAAAUGUUGCAUAGCAACGCUAUUUUAGCAACUUUGUUAAUUUAACUCAUUUAAUUUAUUUCAAGUUACCAUUUUAAAACAGUUGCAUCUUUGUAAUCACACAGGAUAUGCACAUCACUACAUUAUGUUUGAGCCGGUAUUGUUUUUGCUGAUAAAUAUGCCUGGCAACUUAAUAAUUUCUUUUCAUGCAUACAUGUAUAGUAUUGUUUAAAUGUAAUUUAAAACCAAUAUUUUUGCCAAUGCAGCAGAAAACAAUAGUUUUGCAACAACUUUCAAUUGCUUUGUUUGUUUUAGUUUGGUUUAGCGUCGUUUUCAAAAAUUGUGUUUGUCUUGGGGUUAGCGCCGUUUUAACAGUAUUUCACUUACGUUAUGGUGGACAGUUAACCUAACCAGUGUUUCUGAUUUCUGUACCAAUCAACAUCCCAGCAUGAAUCAAAAGUGUAGGACGAAUGAAUUCAGACACAAUGUCUUCCAUCAGACACCGCGAAGAACAUACAACUGUACACCAUGCCCAGGGAUCGAAUUAGUAUAACCAUAUUAAACUUUAGAUGAAUACAUGUAACAGUUGCAAUUUAAGAUCUCGAUGUAACUCCAGCUUAGGAUAUAUCUAAGUUGAUAUAUUUUUAUUAAUGUAUGUACUAUGUUAACAAUUGUUCAUUAACGCUAUUCAAUGACUGAUGUCAAUUUUAGAAAGACUAUCUACUGCCUUGUCUGAAUAUCUGAAAUAACAAAGUUAUGGUCAUAGUUUUUAAUCAAGUAUUUGUCAUCAAAUACACUCAUUAUAAUAAAUGAAAUAUCACGUAUUGUUUGUUUUAUUAAAUUGUUAUUAAUAUUAUUUGCACUCCUCGAGAAUUUGAAAUCAUACAUUAAUUCACUGCUGUCAAUCACAUAUGGUAACAUCAGGUGACCAUGCUCACUUAUUCAGUAAUGGCUAUACAUAUUUCCUUAUCUACUCCUGGUCAUUCCCCCACAUAACUAGAAAUUUAGGACUUGUGUUAGGUCAAACUUGAAUGGAUACUGUGUGAAACUUAGUCUAGGUUAUGAGUACUUGUUUCAUAUUAAAAGUAAUUCAUACAUUAAAUCAACAUGGCAUAUAGUAAAGUAUAGUAUAGUAUUUUCAUAUCUUCAUUUGUUAUUGUGGCAGUAUUAACAAUAUAUUGGUUUAAAUAAUGAUUGUGCAUAACGUGUAAUUGUAGAAUAGUCUCUUGUAAUUCUUUAUAGAAUGGCCCUAUUCUUGUUUCAACUAAUUAUUUUAAUAACAUAUUGUCAUUUUAUAUGUGUAUGUGGGGGAGACUUAAAAAAAUAUAUAUACAUCCUGGA